AUGCCAUCAAAGAAACAGAAUAAGCAACAAAGGCAAGCUGAAAAGAAGUUGAAAUCGAAGAGAGCUUCUCAAGUUGCCGAGGAUAAAACAUUUGGGUUGAAAAAUAAGAAUAAGUCUAAGAGAGUACAGAAAUAUGUGGAGACGGUAAAGAAGCAGGAUCCUGAGUUGAGGAAGCAGGACGAAAUAGCUAAAAGAAAGGGAGAUGAAAAGAAGGCGAUAGAGAAGGCACAAGAGGAAGCUGCGAGGUUGCUAAAGACGUCGAUUCCAAAGCAGAAGAUACCAUUUGGAGUCGAUCCUAAAACGAUUCUAUGUGAGUACUUCAAAGUGGGAGCAUGUACUAGAGGAAAGAACUGCAAAUUCAGUCAUGAUUUGGGAAUAGUGAGAAAAGGCGAGAAGAGAGAUUUAUACACAGAUGAAAAGGAUAGAAUUAAAGAGCAAGAUCGAGAGGACAAGCUGAACGAUACCAUGGAUCAAUGGGACGAGGAAAAGCUCAGGAAGGUUGUUGCCAGUAAGCAGAAAGGAAAGCAGCCCUCUACGGAUAAGGUCUGUAAGUAUUUUAUUGGAGCAGUGGAGGAUGGAAAAUAUGGAUGGUUCUGGAAGUGUCCUAACAAUGAUUCUAAGAUGGGUAUUGAAUGUAAAUAUCGUCAUUCGUUACCUCCGGGCUUUGUGUUGAAGACUAAGGAACAGACGCGACAAGAGAGGUUGGAUGCAGAUAAGAUGCCUAAAAUUACAUUGGAAGAGUAUAUUGAAACAGCAAGAGAUCAAUUGGCUCACGAUAAGCUUACGGAGAUGACACAGGAGACAUUUACUAAAUGGAAAAAAGAUCAUAAGCAAAAGAUACUGAAUCAGAAAGAGGCUAAAAAGAUGACUAAGACGGUGUUGAAUGGUAGAGAAAUAGUGAUGAAGAAGUUCCAGGAUAGGUUCUUUAGAGAGGAGGAGGAACUUGCAGCAGAAAAGGGUACUGCAGUUGAUAUGUCAGAGUUUAGGAAGGCCUUGAAGGAGAUUGAUGAAAAGGAGAGUGAUGGUACAGUUAUAAAGGACUACGGAGAUGGUGAAGGAGCUUUUGCUGAAGCAAAUGCUUAA